UUAGUAAGCUUGUGUCCCAUGCCAUGUCACAGCAAGAACUUGCUUGCUUUGAGGUUUUUCACCUCAUUAUCUUGACAAAUAUCGUUGUAACGAUUGUGUUGUUGUUUGAAUCUCGUACCGAUACGAUGAUCACAUUUUCAACUAGACUAGCUAGUCUACAUGUAUGCAUACAUGUACCGGUACAUGUACAUGUACACGAACUCUGCAUACCGGUAGUUGCACCGGUACUGUACUUUUGUACCAUUGUAUUAGCCAUGCACCACUAAAACAACACCGGUUUACGAAACAUUAAAUCUCUGAGCAGCCAAUUCGCUCCAAAGAGAGGCAAAGAAAAGUAAUCCCCAAUUGAGGCAUGAUGUGUCGACAACGAUGGCUUUUGGUGGCCACCUUCCUCUCCAUGGUAUCCUCGUGGAAUGUGGCUGCCGAGCAAAAUACACUGCGAGGAGGACCGUCAAAUCAGAAUCUUGUGGACCAAGAAGAAGCUGGAUUCUGGGACCGCUUUUUACUCGCAAGCUCGACAAGCAUGGCUGCUCCGAUUCCGCCUGGCACUGACUCCGUGGAGCCCCCGCUGACUGUAUCUUUCCCCACACCCUUUGAUCCACAACCCACAUUGACAAGCAGCAACGGCAAGCUGGAAGUGACGCUCCAUAUGGGUCCUACAGGGGAAGCUUUUGGUACUCCCAACUUUGUAUCCACUCAAGCCGAAGGAGGAGGCUUUGAAGCCAAUGUCCUAGGAUACAGUGGUUGUUACUCAAAUGGAGAGCGGUGUCAAGAUAGCAGCAUUCAAAUGGGGGGACCAACCCUUCGUGUCAAGCCAGGAGAUGACCUCAUCAUUCAUCUCUACAAUGACAUGCCUGCCGAAAAAUGUAAAACGUCCGGUAAUAUUGGCUUUUGGAAUGAAUUUCAUCAGGCACCCAACACAAAUCUACAUGUCCACGGGCUCUUUGUUCCUAACAGCGAGAACAACGUCCUCGAUGUCAUCCUGCCGGGGGAAAGUGAAACCUACAACAUUCAUAUCCGCGAGGUACAGCAGGGAGGUACUCAUUGGUAUCAUCCUCACGCGGAAGGAUCCGUAGGAAUUCAAGCGGGUGGGGGAGCCAUUGGCUUUCUCAUUGUCGAAGACUUGGAGGACGACAUACCCCCCGAGAUCGCAUCCUUGCCAGAAAUUAGCAUGCGAAUUCAACAUACCGACUGGGCCUACCAAUCUGGAUGCCCCGUGGCGGCGAAUGACUGGAGCGACAAUGGAGACUGUCAUGUCGACGAUACCGAUAAGGACAAUUACGCUAAAGAUUAUGUCAAUGCCUGCAAGACAGUUUGCUCGCAGCCCGAUGCCAACUGCGGAUGUCAAGAUCCUGAAACGGAAUGCGCCGAACCCAUAUUUGGCGUGCCCGCCUACAAAGGUACCCUCUCUCAAGUUCUUACUGUCAAUGGCGCCGAAAAGCCAACAUUUGAGCUAUACGCAGGGCAGUGGUAUCAUAUCCGCACGGUCUACGCUCCGACGUACAAAAAGCCAAUUGAACCAACCCUCAAAGGUUGCGACUUCAAGUUGCUAAGCAAGGAUGGUCGGUACAUGCCCAUUACUCCUCGUGACAUCAAGUCUGGUUACAUGUUCAGCGGCUCCCGUGCUGACUUUCUUGUUCGUUGUAUGGAGCCUGGACGGUACGACUUUGAAUCCAUCAACACGAUUCCCAGCACCUACAAUUGGGCUACUUGGAACGGAAGUGCCAGUGCUCUGGAAGAACCUCAUCAACAGACACUGUACCAAAAACUUAGCGCCUAUGCAGGAACCAUGGCUACAUUUCGGGUUAAAGAGGCACCCAAUAACUGGAAACCCGAAGUCUCUGAGAUUCGUCCAUUCCAACCCGCCCGUCCAUGUUAUGCUCCUGAAAUGCGUAAUCUCGAAGUGGAUGAUAGUUAUUACUUUCUACAAAGCGCAUUGGUACCUCCUGAUGAUGUUUUGACCGAGGAUGGGGAAAUGUAUCCCGUCUUUCGCGGCAAGUCGCCCCCCUUCGAUCAAGCCACGCAUGGAAGCUUUUAUGCCAUUCAAAAUAUCAACCAAACCGACACUGGUUUCCCCGGAAGGCUCAAGCCUCCCAAAGAUGUUUGCUCAGGCAAAGUUACCAAUGAGUAUGGUGAAUGUUACGGCCACCCCAUUCUGGGACAAGAUUUUACGUUCAACAUUGGCGAUAUAGUUGAAGUGGACUAUUAUGCUCCCCAGAUUCAUCCUCUGCACAUUCAUGUUUUUGGGUAUCAAAUAACUAGACUUCCCGAAUUUUCCGUCGCCACUGACUAUUUUCAAGUCGGUGAUUAUCAUGACAACUUGGUGGUGCCUAUCUCAGGUAGUUUCACCGACAGAGAAGCGGCCAGCAAUCCCCGCGAACCUCCUGAAUACGGCAAGGUCGUCUUUCGACAGCAUAUAUAUGCGUUGGAAACGGACGUUGUGGUUCACUGUCACUUUUAUCGGCACAGCGACCGCGGUAUGGUCGCUUUGGGCAAUACCAAAGGUGCUGUGGGCGCCUCCAGUCCGCAGGUGGAAGGAACGUGCUACCAUGGACUGGACAACCGUAACUAUGCAUAUGUCUAGCUAGCUAGUAGAAUCAUUGUAUUUUCUGUGGGUCAAGUGAGAUACAUUUCAAGCCUUUCCUCGUCGCCCGCCUGCCUUUUAGCUGAAAUGGUGUUUCGGGCACGUUGCCUUUCAUCCCACGUGCACCGUAUCAGGAUCAUUUUGACAGCUGCCAAGACCUUCAAUUCGGCAGGCUCAGCCAAUCCCAAACGGUGCACCCCUGCCAUACCGGUAGUAGCUUGGAACCCAUUCAGCUGGAUCCGACGACGCAGGCACGGACCUUGUUGGCAUUGCGCUAGAUAGCUAGAAAGUGACUCUCGAUUGCUUCCUCGACACUCAAACCGGAAACUGUAUGUACGAGAUGUACCUCCCGUGACAGAGG